AUUCUGCGUCGUCCCUCUCACCCUCUGCUUCCUCUUCCUCUUCCUCUUCGUCCUUGCCCCCAUCCUCUACCCCUGCCAGCAGGUCGACAUCCUGGCUCACUCCUUCAUCAUCCUCCCCGCAUUCUAUGACCCCAUCCUGGGCGAUUGUAAACGGAAAAGGUGACGAGCACUACAGCGUGAUCGGGAUCAAGCAUGGCGACUGGCCCGAGGAACGCCAAACCACAAGUCGAUGGUGGGGCGGCGGAUUGCACACGAACAUGGUCCGACAAUCUAUGGUCUUCCUGCCGUGGUCAGCCUCGCCCGGCGGACAGGGUUCGGUCGCAGAGUUCCAGCAGCGAUUGAUCCGACAGCACGAACUCUCACGACAGGACAAUAUUAUGAGUGGCCAUCGCAACCAUCAUCGUCAUACACGCCUUGUAGACGCACCAGUACGUAUACUACAAGAGGAGAAGGACAAUGAUGAGGGCGAAAAGGGAUGCACAAGGAUGCACAAGCACCAUAUGUACAUGUCGUGCACUCAAGCCAGGAAUCCGCCGGCACAUCAUCAUCGGUAUUUCUGUCUGCACCAUGAUCAGCUUAUGACGGAUAUUGCAGCGUUCAAUUCGAUCAAAGCGGCGGCAGCAGAUUUUCGAGCUCUCGAACCGAAACCCAGCAAGACAAUACCCUUGACUACUGCCGGAUCGAAGCAUCUGGCAAUCGAUUACGAAGCCCGGAUUGCCGAGAGCAAGCGCUGCCAGUUCUGUCUUUCGUCACUGUGUAAGGCCAACCUCGAGAUCCAGGUCAACUUUAGGGAGAUCAGAGUUUCGCUUGACUGGGUGCUUUCCGGCUUUAUUCCCGAGGUCAAGCAGGGCAUGAAUAUGCGACCACCAUCCAAUUCUCCAGAGUAUCCGUCUUCGCCAACGUUGCAGGCCCGUGGAUCCGGACAAGUCUCAAUCUAGACAAGACCAUACUCUCAGUGCGCUGUCCUUUCGCAUUUCGCACAGAAGCAUUGUAUACUCGUAAUAGUCCAAUGAGGAAGUG